AUGGUUCGUCUAUCGCUAUUGACUUUAGCUUCCUCUCUGGCUUUGGCUCUGGCCUUGCCUCAGCCACAGAACGCUUGUACCACUGUUUGCCGGCCUGUGAAGCCCGAGUGCCCUGAGGGUCAAGCGGCCGGCGGUAGCGAGGGUUGCUGGGGCUGCUGCCGACCCGUUGCUCCCAGAACAGACGUUUGCACGACCGUUUGCCGACCUGAAAAACCUGAAUGUCCGGAAGGCGAGGAAGCCGGCGGUGUCGAGGGCUGCUGGGGUUGCUGUCAGCCUAUUGAGACUGACGUCUGUCUUGCGGUUUGCAUUCCUGAGAAGCCGGAAUGUCCUGCCGGAGAGGCUCCGACCGGUUCUGAGGGUUGCUGGGGAUGUUGUGCAGCUGUUCCCAAGGAGCUUGUUGCAGACGACAAUGUCUGCACUCUGGAGUGCCGUCCCAAAAAGCCCGAGUGCUCUGCUGGCGAGGCCCCGACUGGUUCUGAGGGCUGCUGGGGCUGUUGCCAACCUGUCGAGAGUGACGUUUGUCUUGCUGUGUGCGUUCUCGAGAAGCCGGAAUGCCCUGAAGGCGAGGCGCCAACUGGUGAAGAGGGUUGCUGGGGAUGUUGCGAGGCUGUCGCGUGA